AUGCUGUCAGGUCUUCUUGCAAGCAGCUAUCUCCAGUACAAAAGAGACACUGAUGCCGUGGCAUCAUGGCUCGCCACGACAGCCAAGAAAUGUGGAUACUCGGCAGACUUGCUGGUAAAUAACAAGGGCCAGCAAGGCCCCGGAAAAUCGAAGGGCAAAUCACGGAAACCAGCCAAGCAAGCCCCUUCCGCCCAGGCCUACACGAUUGCCGUCAAGGAUUUUAUCAGUUUAGCCGACUACAUUAUCGGCUCCAAGAACGCUCGCGUGGAUGUCACCUCUACCUUUGUUUUAGCAAUAAACCGUGCGAUAUCGGUCAGGAAGACGUACGGUUCACAAAUCUUAUCCACAUUGCCCCGAAAUGACAAGACGCUGGCAUCAAAUGAACGACACUCAUAUUUCAUUGGAAUCUUGGAGCACGUGCGCGACACUCUGCGGCCAUUAAUACCGAAAGAACUGCUGGGAGAACAGGAGGCCCCGAAGAGAGGAGCGGACAAACUAUCAAGCUUAUUUGAGAAUUUGGAUGUUUACGAGCCAUCAGAGGAGUUUCUGAAACCCCCUGACAAACCUCCUGUUCAUGAUGCCAAGCAAUAUGAACCACAAUACAAAGCGGAGGAGGCGGAAGACUUUGAAGAAGCACUGCUUGCAUUCCAACUGCUACUCGGUGACUUGAACAAGAUUCGGUCGGUGGUUUCACAAACAUGGGCAGGCUAUAAGGCUGGAAUAUUUGACGUUGUCACGGCCUCAGUGACGUCCAAUACUGCCAUCGACAUUGCUCGCCGAUUGGAGGAAGACAUCCAAGGGUUAUUCCAAAAGCAUGGUGGUUGCGCAAGAAUGAUCCAAAUGUUAUACGUGGCACAGUGCAUCGUACAUGGAGAGAAUGCCAACCACAAAGAAAAGGCGGGAGAUGAUAUGAAUUUCCGGAUGUAUGAUGUGGCAGAGGCAAUCUUUUGGCCCACAUAUGAGCUCUUGAAUGCGUUUACUCCUCUCAUUUUUGGUAACAACAUGCCUAUCUACAAAACGGGUCACUACGGCAUUUACGACCCGUCGCAGGAUCGGUCCAAACUGAGCGCCAGGGAGAAAUUCCAAGAAGACAAGAUAAUCAUGAUGGAAAGUCUACCGGAGUUUUAUCUACUCUGCAAAGGCUGUGAUUUUGAUGUCCCUGCACAAGAUGAAUUUAUCAGUGGUCUGCAGGUGAUGUUCAAAACCAAGAAAAUACCAAUGUGGCUUGUUUUGGCCGCACAGGUGUUUUUAGAUGUCAACCAUGAGUUCCGAGGAGAUGUCGACCGAGCCUUCAAUGAUCUCCAGAAUGUCGCAGGAAAAAUGGAGGCUUCUAUCUUAGGAAGUCUUCGGUUCACAAGCCGGGUUAAAAUUGAAAACUGGCCACGAAUUAACGACAAUGCGUUUCGAGACGUUCUCGCACGCAUCAACGAGUGGGUAAAAAACGAUCCUAUGCAGGUGGCUAAGAGCCGACUCCGACGGCCACUUGGCGAACCGUUUAUGAUCAUGAAAAGACAUCCCACGUUUACUGGCCUUUGGGUAUACACCCUCAAGUCACUUUUCCAGGAUAUCGGUAUCACGCUUGCCAACGCAUACGGCUCCGUGCUUUACACCGGCUAUCUAUAUAAUGCCGUCCUCCAGGAAAAACUACUAACAAAGGAAUGGAAAGACAUGGAGCUGCUGAUAACACUGCAUGAUAAUUUCUUCGUUGGUGAUCGGCCAGAAACACCCGAAGAAUCGCUCAAACGUUUUGUCCUGAGCAUGGGUGGUUCUGUGUCGGAAUUCUCCAAGAACAAACGAGGUAGAGGUGGUCAUAACGCACCGGCGCUGUCCAGAAAGGGACCAAGGGGCCUCACGCCACGAGCACCUGUUUCCUUGAUGUUCAUGGACCGUUUCUGCCAUGGCAGUCGUAGAAGUGAUUUGUCUGUACAAGACCUAGAAGAAAUUCUCUCCAAGGGAAUGUGGGAGGAAAUACCGGAAGAAACAGCAGAUGCCAAAAAGAAGGAACGGUCUGGUGAUGAUAGCGACGUCCGCCUACUCGAGGCCUUGCGCAAUUCUCUUCUCGGAGAGUCUUACGAGCUAGCCUUCGACUACUGCGCGUUGCACUUACUUUCCUGGACGUUUCUCCGAUUGAUUAGAGAACGCACCCAUGACAAACUGGUACGGAUGUAUGGUCCGAUGUACAUCGAAACGGAAAACCAGCUUCCUUUCGUUGUUGGCUACAUCUUGAUGGCCGCUGUAAACAUGGACCAGAUCCGCAAUGUGCUCGUCAAGAAAAAGGAGGACAUUGUAACGAGCGAGCUUUUGCUCCAAGCGGCUGGUGUCUUGGGCAGCUCCAUGGAUAUCGGCAGUGGGGCGAUUAUAUCGAAAAUGAUCCGUGAACGAUACGCGGUUCCAUACGCCAUCGAGGGAGAGACAUGA